UGUACGCAUUACUGUGGAUGUAUCGUACCCAGAUCUGAACUUUGCUAUAUCAGAUACCGACAGGAAGGAUUGACUUAUUCAGUUUGGACACCGAUAACGAUAUUAAACAGUUUACUGAGUUUAAUGACUACAAAUCUGGAUAGCUGUCAAAACUUAAUAUCAUCAGGUAACAAAUCUGGAUACGGCCAUCCAAAUAGUAAUAUAUUGAUCAGCAUGGCUUUACAAAAUUGAUUAGUGUGGCUGUGAAUUCUGAAGGUACAGAACUAUGGACAAUGUAAAUUAGUGUGGCUGUGAAUUCUGAAGGUACAGAACUAUGGACAAUGUAAAUUAGUGUGGCUGUGAAUUCUGAAGGUACAGAACUAUGGACAAUGUAAAUUAGUGUGGCUGUGAAUUCUGAGGGUACAGAACUAUGGACAAUGUAAAUUCAUAUUCUGGUGCUGGGGAUGGACAACUGGUGCAUGACAGUAACACCGUGACAUCAGUGACCAUGAGGAAGUCGUCCCAUAUGUGUUUUUGAUAAAUGUGUGAUAUAUACGUAUUCAACUGGAUGGGACAGGAUAGUCAAUAUCUCAUUAUCUGAUAUGAAACAAAUCUAUUAUUGAUUUUAUAUAGCACAGUGUUGCUGUAACAACAAACGUUUUCGAAAUUCGAACAAAUAAUUAAUUUUCAUCAAAAUGGCAACAGCUAAUAUACCUGUCCGUUUAAAAGGUGAAACAACCUGUAUUCAGCACAAGGGGAGACAACUGGAAUUGUAUUGUGAAAAGUGUCAUGAACUGGUUUGUCUAAAAUGCAUUUCCUCUGUUCACAAAGGUCAUAUCAUGUGUGAGCUUAGCGAAAUCACUACUCAGAAGAAACAAGACAUUACCAACUUAAUUGACAGAACAGAACAAAACGACCUGGUACAAAUCAGGAAAUACAUCACCUGUACUGAUACACUUCUUAAAGACAAUAACAGUACAUUUGCGAAACUAUCACAUGAGGUGAAGGUACAAAAAGCCAAAUUAAAACAAGACCUUGACAAGCUUACAGCAGAGACACUCUCACAUUAUCAGAAAAUGAAAGAGGACAAUGCCAAGCUCAUACAGAAAUACAAACAGGACCUGGAGAUGUACGACAAACAACUCAAACAACAAAUACUGGAAUGUAAGACAGCACUUCAGCGUGGCUCUGACAUAGAAAUCUACGACACAGAAUGUGAAGCUGAUUCCCAUAUGAAUUUUCCUGUAAAACCAACCCUGGUUACUGCCAGCAUCAUUCGAAACAAAAAUCCACAUGGUCACCUGGAAUUAGCCAUAGGGAAAGUUAUCACUUCAUAUCAAGAUCAUACACCAACUGACCAGGAUCACUCUGUCUCAACAUCAGAUGAUCUGAGACAAACCUCUAGACAACAACAAUGGCCAGGAGAUAAAUGGAAGAAAGCAGCGUCAAGGAAUAUACUUCUGGCAGAGACCAAGAUUGCGGAGGAGUGGCAGUCUUCACGUAACAUAACUUCUAUAUGUCCCACAACUGAUGACCAGGCCUGGACCAAGUACUAUAAAACAUUAACUCUCCUGGACAGGAAGGGUACAGUAAUACAGAAGGUCAAACACAAGGCUGUGAUCACAGACAUCAGUCUGUCACCUACAACACACAGACUGUGGGUCUGUGAUAGCAAAAACAACAUCCUGGAGCUGGUAUUAGGACAACUUACACACAGAUUCACAACCAAUGAGGUACCACGGUGUAUAUGUGUUACAGCCAGUAACCAUGUCAUUGUGGGCAUGCCCAAACACAUCUCCAAAUUUACCACACAUGGUCAGGUGGUGCUCACUACAAUGGCUGCUGGGACUGGGAAGUCAUUAGUGUGUACACCGCACAGGAUUACAGAGUGUCCUGUCACUCACAAUGUCGCAGUGAUUGAUUUCAGUAAUGAAAGUGAUGGUGGUGAUGGAAGCAAGCGUGUUGUUGUCAUGGAUACUGACUUCCAACAUUUGUUUGUAUACACAGGUGACAUCCCCAGUACAAGUGAACUAUUUUUCCUUUUAGGUUUGGUAUAUAAUUGUGUGAGGAAACUGAUCAUAGGAAACAGGGACAUGUACACAACAUAUAAACAAACGGGAGGUAAACCAUUUAACCCAUGGGGUGUGACGUAUGAUAGUGUGGGAAACAUCGUCGUAGGAGACAGAGACAACAACAGGAUCCUACUCCUCAGUGGUGAUGGAAGGUUCCUCAGGAUCAUACACACAGACACUUACAGGACAUGGGUUCUAGGUGCAGACAUGAAGGAUGUGGUAUGGGCAGUGUUAGGAGACCUAGCAAAUAACGUGAAACUACUACAGUACAACAGUAUGUGAUAGCUAUAAACUAUUACAGUACAGCAGUAUGUGAUAGCUAUAAACUACUACAGUACAGCAGUAUGUGAUAGCU